UGAAAACAUCAAAAUUUCAAAAAAGUGUUUUAUUCAGUGAAUAUUUUCUAUGUAGCUCCACGAAGCUCCCUCAGUCCCCCCCUCCAUCGUUAGCAAAUGGGAGUGACCCAACACAAAUCGCACAAUCCCCCAACCCAUGAUGCGCAACACCUGACCCCACCCCAACAAUCACAGGUAGACUAACUGUGAACAAUGAGCUAGCUCUUAUGAAUUAGCGUUAUUUCAAAAUGGAUCACAACCAUCUGAGGACGAAAGUACGGACCAGUAGCUGGAAGCACAAAAACUUAAGGGUUUCACUCCAGACGCUGUCGGGUGAGGAAACGUUAAAAAAACUAGAUUUUAUAGAUAAAUUUGGUGAUCCAAAAUUACGGGGAGUUCAGAGAGUGUUGGAGGAGUUGCUGGUGUCAACGUUGCUCAAUGAUAACAAGCCAUGUGGUGUACUGCACAUGGAUUUUGCCUUCGAACUGUUUGCGUCAUUAUUCGAUAGACAAACAGUCGAAAAAGAAUGGUUCCGGGACUGCAUACUGAAUCCCGAAUAUGGAAUACCUGUUUUAAUAUAUAAUCGAACGGGCAAGCAGUGGAUUAUAUUGAACGACGGGUCGGCGUCAAUGGAAAACAUUUUCAUGGAACUUGUCAAAGACGAGGAAGAAAAACAUGACCAAGACAACGAGGACGUCAAUACUGAAACGAUACACCGGCUUAUUGAAUCAAUGACCAAUGAAUAUGAUCGAUGGGUUGCCACUGCUCUGUUAGUCUGUGCUGGAAAAAUGCAUGGUAUGACUACCAUGAGAGCGAGACAACUCUUGCAAGAUCUCGAGGAACGACUGGACAAGUGGGAGGCCAGCAAAUCAGCUGCAGAGGUCUUUGUCUCCCAGAGGCUUGAUCACCGCAUAGAGAACCUGGAGGCCAGGGUUAAAGCUUUGACGGAGCAGAUACAAGUAGCUUCCAUAAGAUGGACUCCAGAAAGGGUUGGUGAUCUAGAGAAUGAGAGGAGCAUUCUGCAGGAGUCAUUAGAGAAUGUGAAAAAACUGAAAGCAGCUGAGACACCGUACACCAGACAGUGUUUGAAACAAGCUGUGAAAAGGAAGGCAGACCAGAUUGCGGAAGAUGAACGCAUUAAGAAGAGGGCACGAGGCGCGGGUCACAAAACCAUGAUGGAUGAGGAGGAUGAGAAGUGGUUGGCUAAGUGUAUAGAGGACAAAACUACAGUUCAUGGUCGUCGGCAUGAAAGCGUACUCUACACCCAUCAUAGAGUGAAGUCCCGGGAUCUGCUGAAACUGGCAAACUACAGAAGGCUGAGACUAGGUCUGCCGUUGAUUCGUGCUGUGUCCACAGUGAAUAGCAGAGCAAGAGCAAGACGUCUGAAAUCCCUUCAGAGCAGGAGACAUAAGGGUUUAGGACUCUGGUGCUCAAAGAAACCUCCAAAAACAGAGGAAAGAGAUAACGAAUGCACGCACCAUCAGAGGAAACACGUUUCUCUUGCCAAAGAGCAUCUGUUUGGAGUGGAGGCUGGAGAAAGGAGAAAGUUUGCUGUGGCCAUCAGCAUGGAUGACAAGGCUUACCUUCGGCCUGGAACCUCAGAGGGAUUUCAUGGGUCAAGAAGACAAUCGGUUCUCCAACCCACAGAUGAUCAGGCUGCAAAAAGGCUACCAGUUCAUGAUUUCCCAGAGCCUUCCAUGUACAUCACACCCUCUGCUUUCCGUCUGCUCAAGAAAGAACCUUCUCAAUUUGAAGCCACUACCUUGGUAUCUUCAGAUGAUUCCAGUAUGGCAGUAGUCCACCCAAAGGCCUACAUCGGGACUCAUGGGACAACUUGGGCCUCCAAUUAUAUGCGUCUCAGGAGGGAGUUCCCGGAUGAUUUUGAGGUUCCUGGUACAGCGGUCCUUAAGGAUGUGAGAAAGCUCUUCUGUCGGACCAGAGAUGCCACAAAAUACUUCCUUGACACCGCAAUGGAAGCUGAUGUAAAGUGUGUUACAGAGGGACCAGACUGCCCUUUCCGCUCAUACACUAACCUGCAAUUGAAGUCAUUCAAACAGCAACUGGAACAAGGCACACAGGACUGGUUUCAAGUCAAAGACUCUCUGUCUGCUGCUUACGUAGCAUUAGGGAGUGAGGUCAUUAGUCAGGUAUCUGGUGUUGUGACUGCAGUUGAGAAUGCUGUAGCGACACUGGCUUCCAGUUCAAAAAAGAAUGUGUGGGACUGCUACAAGCCAUUAAUUAAGGCCUGUCAAGAUUUGCUGAAACAUCUGGAUAUCACCCCAAUGCCCAUGGUUUGUCCACAGAUCAUUGAGCUGACAGAUGCUGGACCUGGAGUUGGUGUUUCAAAUUUUGAGGUACGUUUCAGAGCAGCAGAAAAAAUCCGGAUUCAUUCAACGGACCUAUUGUGUCGAAUUCACAGAGCUCGGGAGGAUUCUGGGCAAAAUGAAGCUGAAAGGCUGAAUGCUUGCCUGGGUGAAGCGAUAUGUGAUGGAGGUACAAUCCAGUGGCAGAUCUUUUCUGAGACCCAUGGCUUAACAGAAACUGAGAUAUCCACAAUGACCAGAUUAGUCCUUGAGGAUCAUGCACAGAAGAUGAUGGAAAACAAUGCUUGGGCUGUGGCAGAAGAAGUCAGACUCAGAAUUGACCAGUCACCUGCCCCAGCAGGAUUUACCAGAGCGUUAACUGUGGAAAAAACAGAACUACAGUUCUUCUACAACCGUGAGUUUCUACAGCGGUACAUGACAAGUGGCAAGACCCAGAGAUCAUCUGUUCCAGGCCAUAAUUACUUUCAGAAGAUAGAAAGCUUCAUUGACAGACAUUUUGAGAUUGGUGAACUGUACAUGGAGUUCCUCAAGGGAAGUUGCAAAGGGUCAGGGUCUCUCUGUGACUUCUGCUCUUCAAAUCCCCUCUCUGGACCACCAAUUACAAGGAUCCCUAAACCUUAUCCAGACCACCAACAACUGCCAGCUCUAAAGUACUGCCCUUACAACAGAACCCCAGUUGAUGGUCGACUGCCAGAUGACUUUCAACCGCGUGCUCAACUCAAGAAAGCUGUUUUACACAGGGAUGUCCAGCUAGACAAUCCAAUUUCCAUCUCAGAAUUUGCCCAGAAGUAUGUGGUCGAUGAGCGUUGUGUACGUGAAUAUGUGCAGCACAUAAAACGUAUGGACUUGAUGAAAGCCAAGCGAUCUGCUGAAAUAGAUGACAGAAAAGUGCAGUCAAAUGCUAAAAAAUAUGAUGACUAUGACUGGAAGGAACUAUACAGGCAGGGUCAGUUAUCCAAACUGCGUGUUUCAGACUUGGACAAGUAUUUGUCCAAACAUGGUUUGCAGCAGACUUGCAGGAAGAGCAUCAAGCUAGAGAUGGUGGGAGCUCACAUUGGCAAAACUGUGUGUUCAAGUGUGCUUUGUGAUCUUGCAGCUCUUCCAACCGAUGACCCGGCCUCAGACACUGAGUCAGAGUUAGACUUAUCUAGUGACGAGAGUGAAGAUGAUGUAGUUUUAGAGGUUGGUGACAGUGAUGCUGCUGAUGUUGACCGUGAUGUUGGAGAAAAUGAGCCAAAUGUAUCAAGAUUUGGUAGACUGCGGCAGAAAGUAGUGAACAAAGAUUAUAUCUUCUUCUAAGGUUUUUUUUGAGACUUCUUAUAACGCCCUCAAUUUAAAAAAAAUGAUGUUAUAUUUAGGGUGCUCUAAGCGAUCUUGCACAUUUUUUAGGCCAAAACAUUUUUUUCCACAUACCGGAAACAUCUCCUCACUAUCACAAAACAUAACAGACUGUUCCAGCCAAUAACUGACAAGAAUGAUGUGGGGUGGGGUUUGGAGAGUUAUUGUGCGGAUGAGAAGGGGGAGGGUCUAGCUAGCUAACAAGAGGUUACGCCAACCAAGAUAGCAUGGAGCACCUUUGAAGAAUUGUGCACUAAUGUUGUAUUGUACGUACCUGCUGUGUUUGUCAACACAUUUGUCUUUUUGUCUCUCUUUCUACAGAUUUUUCCCAGACAUGCAUAACCUCUUAAUAAAACUAUAUGUUU